ACAUGACGCUGGUUUACUUUCCUCCGUCAAAACAGCAGCCAUCGCAAACGAAUCGCCUGACCCAUCAAUUGGUCCAGUCCGCGUGGCAACUCGCCUUGCGCUUUGGCAAACGCACCACUAUCCAUGGCCUGGACAGACUUUUGAGCGCCAAAGCUAGUGGGUGGGAGCGCUUUGUCUGGCUUUGCACAUUUGUGAGUGCAUUCUUGGGGGCGGUUUAUGUGUGCCUCAUACUAUCGGCUCGUUACAAUGCCGCCCACUUCCAGACUGUUGUCGAUAGCACGCGAUUUCCUGUUUACCGUAUACCUUUUCCGGUAAUUACAAUCUGUAAUCGAAACCGCCUCAACUGGCAGCGCCUUGCAGAAGCAAAGUCAAUGUUUAUGGCGAACUUCAGCGACUCCGCUCAAAUUUCACUCUUUGAUCGCAUUGUGAGCAGUUACGACAACGCUUACUUUGGCCACUUCCAAUCCUUUGAACGGUUGCGCAACCAACCUACAGAGCUGCUGAACUACAUUAAUUUUAGUCAGGUGGUGGACUUCAUGACAUGGCGGUGCAACGAAUUGCUUUCAAAUUGUAUGUGGCGGCAUUACGCCUAUAACUGCUGCGACAUCUUCUCAAAGAGGCGUAGCAAGAACGGCCUGUGCUGGGCGUUCAACUCCUUGGAGACGGAUGAGGGAAAGCGGAUGCAGUUGAACGAUCCCAUGUGGCCCUGGCGAACGGGAUCGGCCGGUCCCAUGAGUGCCCUCUCCGUACGGGUACUUAUCCAGUCCUUAAAGCACUGGCCGGGCAACAAAGAAAAGGACGCACUGAAAGGCAUCGAUGUUAUGGUAACUGAGCCGUACGUGUGGCACAACAAUCCUUUUUACAUUCCAGCAAAUACAGAGACGACCCUGGAGAUAGAGCCCAUCAUAUAUUUCUAUGACAAUGACACACGAGGAGUUCGCUCCGACCAGCGCCAGUGUGUGUUCGAUGAUGAACAUAACAGCAAAGACUUCAAAUCCCUGCAAGGAUACGUUUACAUGAUUGAAAAUUGCCUAUCUGAGUGUCAUCAAGAGUAUUUAGUGCGAUACUGUAAUUGUACAAUGGACCUGCUCUUUCCACCGGGUCAAUAUCGGUCAUGCCGAGCGCAGGAUUUGCUAUGCCUUGCCGAGCACAAUGACUUGCUAGUCUACUCUCACCAACCAGGAGAAAAGCCCUUUGUUCGCAACAACAUUAAGGGCAUGUCAUGCAAAUGCUUUCGCAACUGUUACUCCUUGAACUACAUUAGCGAUGUCCGCCCCGCAUUUCUUCCACCGGACCUUUAUGCGAAUGGUUCAUAUAUAGAUUUGGAUGUACACUACCGCUUUGAGACUCUUAUGGUAUAUCGCACAAGCCUCAUCUUCGGUUGGGUGGACUUAAUGGUUAGCUUUGGUGGAAUUGCUGGUCUGUUUCUCGGCUGCUCCUUAAUUAGUGGCAUGGAGUUAGCCUACUUCUUAUGUAUUGAGGUGCCGGCCUUUGGAGUCGAUGGACUACGUCAGCGCUUGCGGCUCCGACGACAGCUAGAAAUGACCAUGGCAGAGCCUACUCCAACAGUGAAUUUCCAGCAAACCAAUCCUAGUCAGCUAAUGGAGAACUACAUAAUGGAACUAAGAGGGGAAAAGCAGCAAGAGCAGAAUGUGAACUUUCAAAAUUGGCAACGAAUAACGUUCGCCCAAAAGCACAAUAAGUGAAUGCGCAAGUGAAUUAUAUGAGCAAAAUUUUUUUCAUCUUCUAAAGUGACAACUAACAAAAUUAUAAAAUCAAACUAAUUUAUUUACAGUUUAGUUUUUCUCCCUUAAAUUUAAUGCUUAUAAAUAUAACAACCUUUAAGUAAAUGCAUUGAUUAGUAUACAA